AACCACUUAGUGCUCCGGUACCAAAAUAUGGAGUUGGCACUCAACCAUUCACUGUCUUAAUAGAGGGAAAUAUUGGCAGUGGAAAGACAACGUUUAUCGAACAUUUUAAGCAAUUCGAAGACAAAGUCUGCGCCAUUGCUGAGCCGGUAGACAAAUGGCGUAAUUUUAAAGGACAUAAUUUAUUGGAACUAAUGUACGUUAAUCCAGAGCGUUGGGCGAUGACAUUUCAAUCGUACGUAAUGCUGACAAUGUUGGAGCGUCACACAAAGCUGACAAAUAAACCUAUUAAAAUAUUGGAACGGUCUUUGUACAGUGCCAAGUACUGCUUCGUUGAGAAUUUACAUAAAAGCGGUCUGAUUCAUGACGCCAUGUAUGAAAUAUUGAAAGAAUGGUAUAACUAUGUCGAGGAAAUCGCCCACAUACAAGCAGAUUUAAUAGUUUAUUUGCGUACGACACCUGAAAUUGCAUAUGAGCGCAUACGUAAACGGUCACGUUCCGAAGAGGCAUGUGUUCCCUAUGAGUAUAUAAAGCAGUUACAUGAACUUCACGAGGAUUGGUUGAUUCGAAAAAGAGUAGACUGUAAAAAUAUUAAAGUACUUGAAAUUGAGGCUGACUUAGACUUAUCUGAAAUUGACAGGGAGUACAAACGCUCUGAAGUAGUGAUUCAAGCCUCAAUGCAGCAGCAACGGCCUACCGUGACGACUUCUCCUAGCAAAAGGACGGAUUUUUUAGGAUAAGUAAUAUAGCAUAAUGUAUUAUUAAAUUAUGGACUUGCAUUUUCGUAUGGUCAGUUUGCAGCAUCACUAUGUUCUCUAUAUUUUUGACCAAACAGAAAUUGUUUUAUUAUCUCAAACCAAGCUCUUAUAAGUACUUUUAUUAAAAUUGUAAUGAUUUUUAUUUUAAAUUUAUUGACAUAUAUACCUACAUAAGUAUAAGAAUGAUGUGCAUUUUAAUAAUUAGAAAAAUUAAAUGGCAAAAUAUAUAGAUAUACAAUCA